CAUGCACCAUCAAGGCACAAGGUGCGAGAUCCUUAACACCGCUCCUGGCGUUCGCCAUCGCACCAGCAUUCUGACACGCCUGGCACCUGCUGGUGUACUGUUCUAGAUGCGCAUCAGCAGUUCUCUCGCGUGCUGCCUCACACUACGUCACCUCUACAUAAUGUCAGAACCCCGUCAUUCGUCUUCGUUGCGCGUAAAAUCCCAGUGAAACGCAGACAUGAAUGCCAUGAUCCUUCUUUUCUUCGUCAUCUGGACCGUGCUGUUUGCGACGCACCACAUCACACGUCGGAAGGACUCCUUGACGGAAGAAGAAAGGCGGCGAUUGGACGAACCGCUCUUCCUGACGCCAUUUUUGGAAGCUAACGACACAGAAAAUGCGCGACGCCUCAGCAGAGUCACCCUCUUCGAAGAUUACGGCAUUGAAGCGCACUCGGGCUACAUCACGAUUGACAAGACUCUAGGCUGUCACCUAUUCUUCGUACUGACAAAAACAAAGCGUCCUUCUCCCAACGAGGCUCCCCUGAUUCUCUGGACGUUCGGCGGUCCCGGCGUGUCCUCCCUGCUCGGACCAUUGCUCUUCAACGGUCCCUUCACUCUAGACGCGCAAGGACGACUCGUGGCGGCAUCUCCGGCAAGCGGCCAGCUGCAGUCGUUCGCGCACGUCCUCUACCUAGACCACCCGGUGGGCAGCGGAUACAGCUUCGCCGAGCAAGAGGGUGACGACAGGACGUUCGCCAAGAGCAUCGAUGACGCCGUCGAUGCCGUCGACGACUUUCUGAGCCAGUUCGAGCUCCUCUUCCCCGAAUUUCGGGGCCGGCAGUUUUACUUCGCCGGAGAAUCGUACUCGGCGAGAGACGCCUUCGGCUACGCCUACCGGUACCACGGCAAGGGAGUCAAGACUAGCCUGAAGUUGGCCGGCAUCAUGAGCGGGGCCGGUUUCAUCGCCCCACUGCUGAGGGCCGCCAACCCCGCGAAAUUCCUGCUCCAGCUUGGGCUCAUCGACGUCCACGGAAGGCGGCUGUUGGACGAGAAAUUUAGGCAGAUUAAGGAAUCGGUGGACGACGAAGAGAUCAUCGUGGCUCUCUUACUACUCAGAGAGGUGUUCACCAAGACCGAAGAGAGCGGACCGUCGCUGUUCGAGUCACUCACGGGGUUCCGCCACAGGGCGUCGGCACUCCGUUCCACGGAGCCACCGGAGUUCGCGACUUACCGGAAGUACGUCACCAGCGAGCACUUCAAGAGGGCCGUUCACGUGGGCGUCAACGCCACUAUGAACCGGCAGCGCAGCAUCGUGAGCACCACCCUCUACUCCUACGACGCCUUCAAGGACAUCAGGGAGCUCGUGGCGACGGUGCUGGACAAGCAGCGAGUGCUCGUGUACGGCGGGAACAUGGACGUCGUCUAUCCAUCUGAUGACGUGUACGGCUUCCUGCGGUCCCUCCAAUGGAAAGGCGAAGAGGAUUUAAGGGUAGCGAGGAGAAGGCCGUACAGGAACGCAUCAGACGGAGGAGGUGAAGUAGUGGGCUACAAGAUGAUCGUCCGCAACUUCACGUACGCUUUGCUCGUGAAUGCCGGUCACUACGUGUCACUGGACAGUCGCCGAGCAGUCGUGGAUCUCUACAGGGACUUUGUGCACUCCAACUCCACUCCUACUUAGCCAGCCGUUUCGUUUCCUCGUCCCAAUAUGCAUACAACAUUUUACGAACGCUCGGCGAGGUUCUGAUGCAUCUCGUACCUCCGUGUGGUUUUGAUUUCCCUGGUGACCUCGCCCACCAAGAGGAGGUAUAGCUCCGAAAAGUUUGCGUGAGUGUGGCUGUCACUCCAUACAUUCGCUUAGGAGCGGGUAUAUCGGCGUCUCUUCGAGCUGCACAUUCUGCUCUUAACCGGGGCAGGAGGGAGACCAGCUACACCUUUUAUAGAAGUGCUCCUGUCUCCAAACAGCCCGUCGACGUCCCUGAUCAUUGUGUGGUUGUUUGUACCAUUCGGCCUCAAGACUUACACCGCGGUAUCCAUGGACCACUGUUUUUUGAACCUCAUGCCACCGACAGGCCUCCACAGCCAUGUGUAACCAGUUUUCUUUUUAAUGCCAACUAACGCACAAAGGAAAAAAAGUUUAUUUACGUGCUUGUCUCGGCUGCCUAACGAGAAAACUUUGUUAGAAGAAAAGAGGCUGGGAACUUCAUCGAAGUGCUCAUUUAUCUACAAGGCCACGGCUAACCUGCUCUGUACCGCCGUGUUAGCUCAGUGGCUAUGGCAUUGGGCUACUGAGCGCGAGGUCACGGGAUCGAAUCCCGGCCACGGCAGCCGCUUUUCGAUGGGGGCGGGAAAAAAAACCCGUACACUAAGGUUUAGGUGCAUGUUAAAGAACCCCAGAUGGUCGAAUUUAUUCCGGAGUCCCCCACUACGGCGUGCCUCAUAAUCAGAGCGUGGUUUUUGUGUGUACACUGAUUAUCUUUUUUUUUCUUCUGAUAUUUCGGUCCCUGUCUCACGUACCCCUGUGUGCAGGUUAUCCAACCGGGCGCAGCCAUAAUCAUCCUGCACGCCUUGCUUUUUUGGCUGUUUCUCUCUAGAGAUAAUAAAUUGAUAAUCAAACAUAGGAGCACGUUGCCGUAUUGCCUAAUAAAUAACAAUAACUAUCAUAUCGACGUGAAGUCAGACAUUGCGGUUAGUAAUUAAAUAAAGUCAUGGCUCCAUAUCGCACUUUCUAAACUGAUCAAUAUAUGGUUCAUUAUUAUACUCA